AGCUCCUUCUCGCAUCAUCCCCAACUUCGGCUUUUAGUCCUUCGUUUCUCGCUGCAAAGAAAAACUAAAAAUGGGUUCUCGAGCAACAAAUGUUUUGUUAUCAAGAGCCAACAGGAUCAGGCAGAAGCUGCAGUCUACAUUAGAAACAAGUGUGCUCGAAAUUGAAGAUGUUUCUUAUCAACAUGCUGGUCAUGCAGGUGUUAAGGGAGAUGCUAAUGAGACUCACUUUAACAUCAAGAUUGUUUCGCCAAAGUUUGAUGGGCAGAGCCUUGUGAAACGGCAUCGAAUGGUUUAUGAUCUUUUAGCUGAUGAGCUGCAAUCCGGACUUCAUGCACUCUCCAUUGUUGCUAAAACUCCUCAAGAAGAACUCAAGGUUAGAUAAUCAUAAUUCAAACUCUGCAUGCUCUAAUUCUUGAUAUAAUUUGUUGAGUUGCAUCAGAAGGAUCUUUACAAAUUUACUGAAUUUGUGACACUUGUAGUAUUGCAUUUGGUUUGAAUGUUGAAAUUGGAAUAAUCUUGUGAACUUAGAAAAACUCAUACAUUGCAAU